ACACCAAGUCACUUGGCUCUGUCAUAACCUCACAUGGUCUCUCCUAUCAUUGCUAUGCAGACGACACACAAUUAAUCUUCUCCUUUCCCCCUUCUGAUGACCAGGUGGCGAAUCGCAUCUCUGCAUGUCUGGCAGACAUAUCAGUGUGGAUGACGGAUCACCACCUCAAGCUGAACCUCGGCAAGACGGAGCUGCUCUUCCUCCCGGGGAAGGACUGCCCAUUCCAUGAUCUCGCCAUCACGGUUGACAACUCCAUUGUGUCCUCCUCCCAGAGCGCUAAGAACCUUGGCGUGAUCCUGGACAACACCCUGUCGUUCUCAACUAACAUCAAGGCGGUGGCCCGUUCCUGUAGGUUCAUGCUCUACAACAUCCGCAGAGUACGACCCUGCCUCACACAGGAAGCGGAGCAGGUCCUAAUCCAGGCACUUGUCAUCUCCCGUCUGGAUUACUGCAACUCGCUGUUGGCUGGGCUCCCUGCCUGUGCCAUUAAACCCCUACAACUCAUCCAGAACGCCGCAGCCCGUCUGGUGUUCAACCUUCCCAAGUUCUCCCACGUCACCCCGCUCCUCCGCUCUCUCCACUGGCUUCCAGUUGAAGCUCGCAUCCGCUACAAGACCAUGGUGCUUGCCUACGGAGCUGUGAGGGGAACGGCACCUCAGUACCUCCAGGCUCUGAUCAGGCCCUACACCCAAACAAGGGCACUGCGUUCAUCCACCUCUGGCCUGCUCGCCUCCCUACCACUGAGGAAGUACAGUUCCCGCUCAGCCCAGUCAAAACUGUUCGCUGCUCUGGCCCCCCAAUGGUGGAACAAACUCCCUCACGACGCCAGGACAGCGGAGUCAAUCACCACAUUCCGGAGACACCUGAAACCCCACCUCUUUAAGGAAUACCUAGGAUAGGAUAAGUAAU